CUCCGUAUGUUCGGCAAUGAUCCCAUCUGAUCGUCAGGCACGCAUCCAAGUUGAUGUACGCCUGGGUUACGAUUCAAGUUCAAACCAUAGGUUGCAUCUGAUAGCCUACCCGGCAGGCUCUGUGCCUUGCAUAGGCGUCCAACCGUCCAAGAUAGUCAGGUCAGAAUCCGGAGUUCCUACAUGGCACCUGACGAAAUGACACUGGGGGUUGUCAAGGGGUGUAAUGUGAUCGGUGAGAUGUUGCUAGUGCUUGAAGAUCCGUCACACACCAUAAUGGGCUCCACGGCCACUUACACUGGCGCGUAUUCGUGCCAUAUUGUAACACCCCACAUCGUGAAGAAAACUUGGCGACCAGGGAAGUCCACAUGUACAACACCUGCCACGCGAGACAAAAAGGGCCGUUUUUAUAUCACUUUAUCGAACUAUCGUCGCGGGACAAGUGUGUGGUCUAGGAUUCGAGGCCGAACUCUAGAUGUGGCCUUCCAUUAUGCCCUCCGCUGUACUGUCUCUGUCGGAUUGCGAAUGAAACCCAAGAACUAGGCGAGAGUAUUGCGAUGGAAGACAAAUGCCGAACGGAGGGGAGGCCACCUUGGAGGGGGCCCACGAUUUCCUCUCAGCAGCGCCUGCUGUAGAAAGACUGAAAAGAGAGAGAGUCCCUCGGAUUGGGUUGAAAUUAU